AACCUCUCUAGCUCGCGAUCGCUCGAUACUCAAGUUUGCGUGUGAAAGCCCCCAAAAUGCUGAGGAUCUUUCUGUGCGGAUUUUUGCUACAAUACGCUUUGCUUAUCAAUGCCACCGGGUUCUAUUCGGUGGUUGGGCCUGGCACCAUCCGUUCCAACUCCAAGUACAAUGUCGCCGUCUCCAUCCACAAGGCAGAUGGUCCCAGUCAGAUUAAGGUUAGUCUGAACGGACCCUCCUUCAAUGAGACCAAGGAAAUCGAAGUCUCGCCCAUGUCCACUCAGAAUGUGGAGUUCGAGGUGCCAAAACUGGCCACUGGGGACUACAACCUGACCGCCGAAGGAUUAUCCGGAGUGGUGUUUAGGAACACCUCCAGGUUAAAUUAUGCCGACGAGAAACCUUCGACCUUCAUUCAGACCGAUAAGGCCACCUACAAGCCCGCUGAUCUGGUUCAGUUCCGCAUCCUCUUCCUUGAUGAGAACACCCGACCAGCCAAGAUCGAUAAGCCCAUAUCGGUGGUGAUAACUGAUGGAGCCCAGAACAGAAUCAAACAGUUUGCGGACAUCAAGUUGACCAAGGGAGUCUACUCCGGGGAGCUCCAACUGUCCGAGCAGCCUGUCCUGGGCACUUGGAAGAUCUCUGUGAGUGUGGAUGGGGAUAACAGGGAGACCAAGUCCUUUGAGGUGGACAAGUACGUGCUUCCCAAGUUCGAGGUGAUCAUUGACACGGCCAAGGAUGUGGUGAUUGCCGACCAAGUGAUUAAGGCCACUAUCAGGGCCAAGUACACCUAUGGAAAGCCAGUUAAGGGAAAGGCAACCGUUUCAAUGGAACAAAACUAUGGCUACGAUUAUAGUUCCCAGGAAAAGCAACUGAAGACUGUCGAUGUGGAUGGCAAGGGUCAUGUGGAAUUUGAUAUUAAGUACCUCCAAAACAGCUCUUGGGCUCCGCCCAUGCGAAUCUUUGCCAUUGUCACCGAGGAACUGACUGGCAAUAAGCAGAACGCAUCCACUACUGUGAAUCUCCAUCACGAUCGUUUCAAAAUUGAAAAUUUCGACAAGCCUGAUAACUAUCAUCCGAAUAAGUCAUUUGUCUAUCAGGUUGUGGUGAAGAAUGUGGAUGGGUCUCCAGUAACGGCUUCUGCUAAGAAGGUUAAGCUGCGUUUUGAAAAUGCACACUAUUAUUUUACUGGACCUACCACGGAAGAGAGCAUCGAUUUUGAGGCACCUGUGAAUGAGAAUGGCAUAGCGACCUUUAGUAUUACUUUGCCAGACAGCGGUGUCAAUUACUACCGUGUUGUAGCCACUUUUGAUGGUUCCCAGAGUACCAUUGGAACCAUCAGUAAAUUUCACCCAGCAAUGGAGGUAAGAGAUCCUUUGAAGAUACAGCUCAACACAAAAAAACCAAGAUUGAGCGAGAAAGUUUCCUUUGAUGUCAAAUCGAUUGAGGAUAUUCCCUACUUCGUGUACACUAUUGUGGCCAGAGGAAACAUUGUGCUCAGCGAAUAUGUGGAUGUUCCUGAAGGAGUUAAAACCUACACGGUUAAGUUUACUCCCACCUUUGACAUGGUGCCCGAGGCUACUAUCUACAUUCAUUAUGUCAUCAACGAUGAUCUACACUUUGAGGAGAAAACCAUAGAGUUCGAAAAGGAGUUUAGUAAUUCGAUUGAUAUCUCAGCUCCUUUGAGUGCAAAGCCCAGUGAAGAAAUUAAGCUGCAAGUGAAAACCGAUCCAGACUCCUUUGUGGGUCUUCUGGGAGUGGAUCAGAGUGUCCUGCUCCUCAAGUCUGGCAACGAUCUCAAUCGAGAUGAUAUCUUUAAUAGCCUCAAUAAGUACAAAGCAAUGACUCCCUGGCAGCGAGGCUAUGGAAAAUAUCCUGGCGAAACAUCGGGCCUGGUGACCCUAACCAAUGCCAACUAUCCUUACAACACGGAUGCCAUAUUAUAUCGUCCCUUGAUACUUAAUGGAGCCUUUCCGAUGCCGAUUGCAUUUUCACUUGCGGCUCCAGCGGCUGCUUUCGGAAUGGGAAUACCUGGACCGCCUUCAUUGCCACCUAGCUCGACACAGGUUCCACAGAUCCGGAAAGAGUUUCCGGAGAAUUGGAUAUUUUACAAUGCGGACAAUGUGGACGGUGAAGGCUUCUCCUUGACCAAGAAGAUCCCGGACACGAUUACCUCUUGGGUAGUCACUGGCUUCUCUUUGAACCCCAACUCGGGCAUAGCCCUGACCAAGAACCCCAGCAAGAUUCGAGUGUUCCAGCCAUUCUUUGUAUCCACCAACCUGCCUUAUUCCGUCAAGAGGGGCGAAGUGAUUGCCAUUCCCGUGGUGAUAUUCAAUUACCUAGACAAAACCGUCGAUGCGGAAGUGGUAAUGGAUAACUCCGACAAGGAAUACGAAUUCACCGAGGCCACCAAUGAAGUCUUGGAGAAAGCCAUCGAUGAAGUGCGCCGGGUCAAACGAGUGACUAUUCCUGCAAACAGUGGCAAGAGUGUCUCGUUUAUGAUCCGACCAAAGAAUGUGGGAUCCACCACCCUGAAAAUCACGGCCACUUCGCCAUUAGCCGGCGACACCAUCCAUCAGAAACUUAAGGUAGAGCCAGAGGGAAUCACACAGUUCGAGAACCGAGCUGUCUUCAUAAACCUAAAGAAUCAAUCGGAGGUUUCCCAGUCCCUGGAAGCAGAGAUACCCGCUGAAGCUGUGCCCCAGUCCGAGUUCAUAGAGUUCUCCGUGGUUGGUGAUCUGUUGGGUCCCACUCUUCAGAAUCUGGACAAUCUGGUUCGGAUGCCGUACGGCUGCGGAGAGCAGAACAUGGUCAACUUCGUCCCCAACAUUCUAGUGCUCAAGUACCUGGAAGUCACUGGCCGACGAAUGCCAGCUGUCGAGACCAAGGCCAAGAAGUUCCUGGAGAUUGGCUACCAGAGGGAGUUGACCUACAAGCACGAUGACGGGUCUUACAGCGCCUUUGGAAAGUCGGAUCCUGCGGGAAGCACAUGGCUCACCGCGUACGUCAUGCGCUCCUUCCACCAGGCAGGAAAGUACACCGAUGUGGAUCCCAAGGUUGUGAUCGCGGGUCUCGACUUCCUCGUAUCGAAGCAAAGGGAGAGCGGCGAGUUCCCGGAGGUGGGAAAACUCUUUGACAACGCCAACCAGAAUGCUCUGGCCCUCACCUCGUUUGUCCUGCUGGCCUUCUUUGAGAACUAUGAACUCAUUCCAAAGUACCAGAGUGCCAUCGAGAAGGCAGUUCGCUAUGUGGCCGAGGAGGUGGACAAGACGGAGGACCAGUAUUCCCUGGCCAUUGCAGCCGUUGCUCUUCAGCUGGCCAAACACCCGCAGUCGGAGAAGGUACUUGCCAAGUUGGAGGGAAUGGCUCGGAAUGAAAACGAUCGAAAGUGGUGGUCGAAGGCUCCAGAAACGACUGGAGAGGAUAGCCGCAACUUCCACUGGAAGCCACGCAGCAACGACGUGGAGAUAACCUCCUAUGUCCUGCUCGCUCUCCUCGAGAAGGAAUCCGCGGAGAAGGCUCUGCCCAUCAUCAAGUGGCUGAUCUCCCAGCGCAACAGCAACGGUGGAUUCUCCUCCACCCAGGACACUGUGAUUGGUCUACAGGCUCUGACCAAGUUCGCCUACAAGACUGGCUCUGGAUCCGGCACCAUGGACAUCGAGUUCGAGUCAUCUCCAGAUGGCGGAUCUAAGAACACGAUUGCUGUGAACCCCGAUAACUCCCUUGUUCUGCAGACUCACGUGCUGCCCAAAACAACUCGCAAGGUGGACUUCACGGCCAAGGGUUCGGGAUCUGCGAUGGUGCAGUUCUCGUACCGCUACAACCUGGCCGAGAAGGAGAAGAAGCCCAGCUUUAGGGUCACACCCACGGUCAAGGACUCGCCUAGCCAGCUGCUGGUGGUGGAUAUCUGCGCCGAAUACAUUCCGUUGGAGGAAGGUGACAAGGACAAGGACUCCAACAUGGCUGUUAUGGAGAUCGCUCUGCCCUCCGGAUAUGUGGGAGAUGCCGACAGCUUGGGCAAGAUCGAGGCCGUGGAUCGCGUGAAACGUGUGGAGACCAAGAACUCCGACUCCACGGUGGUCGUCUACUUCGACAGCCUGACUCCCGGGGAUGUGAAGUGCCUGCCUGUGGAGGCCACCAAGGCUCAUGCGGUGGCCAAGCAAAAGCCAGCCUCUGUCAACCUCUACGACUACUAUGACACGGAGCGCAAGGCCACCGAGUACUACCAGGUGAAGUCCUCGCUCUGCGACAUUUGCGAGGGCUCCGACUGCGGAGAGGGAUGUCAGAAGACCUAAGGGUUGGAUCAUUGUAGAAAAAGCUGAAACUUCAAAGUAAUAAGUUAAUAAAUAAAAAUGUCUUAAUUUUA